GGUAAGGACAUGCAUCUCCGCGCCCAAAGACGAGGUACUUCAUUGUCCGAGUCGGAGACGAGUGGGCUGAAGCCUUGGCCGGUUCAAGAUGGACACCCGCCUGGGUUUUCGAGCCUCGGGGCAGUUCAAAGCAUACGCGCCUUCGAGUCAGGGUUGCAUCAUUGCUACUUAGCGUGUCCGAGUCAUGCAUUGGUCAUCCUAGUCGAGGCAAUAUAUAUGUAGGCGAUACAUUUACCUCGAGCAUUACCAUGGCACGCUACGGACUGAGCAUUCCCUCCACAGUGUUUGACCUGGCACGUCUCAGACAUCGCCAAAGUGAAGGCGACUCGAGUUCACUCUCUCGGCAGCCCUUACCUUCCCAUGCACAGGAAGAGCACAGUGCAGGCCACGAAACCGCGGACGACAGUGAUGAUUUUAAAUUGCCGAAAUUGCGAUCCUUGGUCACCAUGCUCGUAGCCAGUAUGCUGAUGCAGGUUACGUUCUUCAUCGUAGUCUCGUCUUCGAGCGAAUACGCAAAACAUCUAGGAGGCACGUCUACGUUCUCCGGUCUCACCAUCGGCAUUCCCGUUGUAUUUGCCGGUCUGGCCCUAGUUCCAAUGAUGAAAUAUGACGGUGGUAGAUACAAACUCCCUUUGCACUUUGCAUGUGCAUGUGCUAUAAUCGGGAACGUUCUCUAUAGCCUCGCGUAUGCCGCGAACUGGCUCUACCUCAUCCUCGUAGGACGGAUGGUGUCCGGGCUAGCCAUGACGUUCUUCCUGUACUCCAAGCGAUAUUGCAGCGACCCGCGCAUUGUCGGUAUUAGGAGGCGAACGACGCUGGCGGGUUGGCUUGUGCUCGGUCAGGGUUUUGGGUUCAGUAUCGGCCCGUUUAUGGGCGGCCUCCUCUACAAGAUAGGAUUCUCGAACUCGGUGUUUAAUGGAUACACCAGCCCGACGUGGAUCCUUGCGGGUAUCUGGGCAGUGUUCUGGGCAAUCGCCGCAGUCUCGUACGAGGAUGUCUCACCAGCGUGCCCCGUGGCAUCCGAGGUGCAGCUGCACGCUCUUCCCUCCUCUCCGGAAGCUCCCCAGCGGUCACAAGACGACAGUGCUCAGGCUGUCCAGGGCUCACCGACUAUUCACGCUACUAGCGCCUACCAAUCUCGCGCUGAGGGCAUGCAUGGUAAGGAGAAGACUGUGUCAGCGGUCCAGGAAGUGGCCACUCAGGGGCCUGAAGCAGAGGAAGCGACCGUACCUGCCUCCCGCCCGAGCCGCUUCCGCAUGACGGGCCCUCAGAUCGGAGUCACAGCGACCAUGUGUUGGUUUGCAAUGACCUGCUUCUUCAUCCUCGGGGCAUGGGAGGCCAACAUUCCCGUCUUCACCUCCUCCGACUCACCCUUGAACCCCUUCCACUUCAGCCCGUUCGCCGCGGGGAACAUCAUCGCGCUCGGCGGUGUCUCCACCUUCCCCCUCCUCUUCGCCAACCUCUUCGUCGCGCGCCGGGUACAGGACCGCCACACACUCGCCGUUGGGACGACGCUCGGGCUGGCGGGCCUGCUCACCGCGGUGGGAAUCCUGGCGACGCGGACGGUCACGUACGGGAGCUUCUUUGCGUGCUGGUUCUUGAUCGCGCUCGGGUUCAACAUCAUCAGCACGAUAGUGCUCAGCUUGCUGUCGAAGCAGCUGCCGGGCGAGUGGAAUGGCCGCAUCAGUCUUGCGAUCCAAUAUAGCAUGUUUAGCGGCCGCGUGAGCGGUGCCGUUUGGGGUGGUGCCGGGGUGCAAGUAGGGAUGCUCAACUUUGUGGGGCUGCAGAUAGGUUUGGUAUGCGUGGGCGCCGUGUUAUUCUCCACAUUAUGGAGACAGUUGAAGGCGAAGACGGGCUAAUCCAGCUUC